AUGGCUAUGGAUUUAAGGGUAGGUAAUAAAUAUCGUAUAGGAAGAAAGAUCGGUUCAGGUUCUUUUGGUGAAAUUUAUCUUGGAACAAAUAUUAUUAAUGGCGAAGAAGUUGCUAUAAAACUUGAAUCUACAAAGGCUAAACAUCCACAAUUAGAAUAUGAAGCAAAAGUUUAUAAAACUCUUGCUGGUGGCGUGGGCAUUCCAUUUGUCCGCUGGUACGGUACUGAAUGCGAUUAUAAUGCUAUGGUGAUUGAUUUAUUGGGUCCAUCAUUAGAGGAUUUGUUCAAUUUUUGUAAUCGCAAAUUUUCAUUAAAGACUGUACUAUUAUUAGCCGAUCAAUUGAUUUCUCGAAUUGAAUAUAUACAUUCAAAAAAUUUCAUUCAUAGAGAUAUUAAGCCUGAUAAUUUCUUAAUGGGAAUUGGUAAACGUGGUAAUCAAGUUAAUGUGAUCGAUUUUGGCUUGGCCAAAAAAUAUCGCGAUCCAAAAACACAUUUACACAUUCCUUAUAGAGAAAAUAAGAAUUUAACAGGCACAGCUAGAUACGCAAGUAUUAACACUCAUUUAGGAGUUGAACAAUCUCGUCGUGACGACCUUGAGUCACUGGGUUAUGUAAUGAUGUAUUUUUGUCGUGGAUCACUUCCAUGGCAAGGUCUUAAAGCCGCAACAAAAAAACAAAAAUAUGAUCGUAUUAUGGAAAAGAAAAUGACCACUCCCACAGAACUUCUUUGUCGCACAUUCCCUAAUGAAUUUGCUAUCUAUUUGAAUUAUACAAGAUCUCUUAGAUUUGAUGAUAAACCAGAUUAUAGCUAUCUAAGAAAAUUGUUCCGAGAUUUGUUUGUUCGUGAAGGAUUUCAAUACGAUUAUGUAUUCGAUUGGACAAUUUUCAAAUAUGUAUUUCAUCCACCUUUACAAAUGCCAGAAGAUGCAAAUAAUGCUGGUGAAGUUAUUGAUGAAGAUAUCAAGAAUCAAAAACGUGCUGUUAAUAAUAGACAAGCUGUCACUGCCUCAAAUUUUGCUAACGAUCCUUCAACACCUCGCCGUCCAACAAAUAAACCAAUUUAUGGAACCGGUAUCAGUUCUACAAGAGCUGCUACAUCUACCACACCACAACCCAUUGCAAGUGGCUCAUCACGGUUAACAUCAGUUCCUAGGCGUAAUAAAGAUACUGCUGCACCUGUUACAGAUAAUAAUAAUAGAGUUGUAACUUCAGAUAGACUACUUCGUAGUCAAACUAAAAAUAAUCCAGCGGCAGUAAAUUAUUUAGGUUCGUAUAAAGGUGGUAGAAAAGAUGAUCCAACCGGUGGAAACGGACAAUGGUAUUAA